AUGAGGGCUUUUCCUCUCCGACCUGUCAUAUACACACACACACUCACUGUUUCAAGACAGUCACCUCUGCUCCUUAAGAUGAGAGCCCUACAGCUCCUCGUCCUCUUUCUUUUUGGCCUGGCUGGGGCACAGCAGCAGGCACUUAUGGACUACUUGGAAAGAAGACUCCUUGCCAUUGAGGACCGCAUCUCCAUGUGGCACGAGCAGACCAGCCGCUAUGCCUCCGAGCUGCGUGAGUUCAAGCAGCAGAUGGUAUCACAGCUAGAGGGCCUGGACAAGACCAAGGAGGCGCUGAGGAGCGAGCUGGACACAGUGGGGACGCGAGUAGAUCGGGUCGAGAGAGAAAUGGACUACAUGGAAACGCAAAAUGGUGCGCAGCCUUGUGUGGACGUGGACGAAAAGCUGGUGGAACAGCAGGUGACUGUUAUCAAGGAGAGGAACAAAGCCAAAUACUCCAAGCUUACAGAUUGUAGUGACAUGAUCUCCAGCAUCAAAGCCAUGAAGAUACUCAAACGAGUGGGUGGCCCUAAAGGAGUGUGGACGAAAGACAUGGGAGCAGCCAAUGGCAAGGUGUAUCUCUUAAAUGGGACCGAUGAUAACACCUUGUACGAAUUUGGUACAGUACGGGAGUUCACGUCCUCCCAAGGUCUAUCUGCUGGCAAGACCAUCGAGCUCCCCUCCGCCUGGCGUGGUGUUGGCCACGUAGUCUACAACAACCACCUGUACUACAUGAAGGAGGGUGAUGAAAUGAAAUUAAUAAAGUUUGAUCUUCAGAAAAGCACAGUUGUGGACAGCUCCGUUUUCCCCGCCAAAAACCAGCUCCCUGCUUACAGCCUGAAUCCAGAGACCUUUAUCGAUCUGGCGGUAGAUGAAGAAGGUCUUUGGGCUAUCUUCGCCACGCAGGAGAAUGAGAAGCACAUCUCUCUUGCGAAGAUAGAUCCUAAAACGCUGGACAUUGAACAGAUGUGGGACACUCCUUGCGUAAGAGAAAACGCAGAGGCGGCGUUUGUGAUCUGCGGUACCGUCUACGUGGUCUACAACUCCAAACUGCCCAGCCGUUCCCGAAUCCAGUGCGUUUUUGAUGUCAGCGAUAUGAUCACGAAUGAUGAUGCUCCAAAUGUGUACUUUCCCAAGCGAUACGGCACUCAUUCCAGUCUCAAAUACAGUCCGGUGGAGCAGCUGCUGUAUGCUUGGGACGAUGGCUAUCAAAUCCUCUACAAACUCCAAAUGAAAAAGAAGCUGGAGGUCUAGAAUGUGCAAUGAAGACUGAAUGGAGCAAAGCUAAAGAGGACAUGCCCAUGUAUCUAAUGCAACCCAGCUUAAAUAGAAUGAGUCACAGAUCAAUACGUUUUCAGUUUUGCACUUACAGACUGUAAUAGGAAAGCGAAACGUAUGAUUGAUUAGAUACAGAUUUUCUUAGGUUGCUUAGUAGAAAUCUAUGUAUGUACUGAACUUCAGAAAAUACUCUGUUUUAACCUAGUUUGCCUGGAGCAGAACUAUUAUAAUGGUUUUAUAUUGUGAAACGUGCUGUUAAUAAAUGAGGAUGUUUUUACAAAGUUAAAUAUUUUGCCCAUAUUAUGUCCAGAUCAUUUGUUAUAGCAUGUCCAAAAUGUCCCUAUUUGGGUGGGAGCAAAAAAGUUUUUUAUGUAUGUACCUUUAAAUGCAAAUGAGCUGCUUUCCGUUAAAAAUAGAUCUGAUUCCUUUAAAUACAGCCUGAGAUAGUAGUAUCUUUAGCCGUAUUAGUCCUACAAACACAUUUAGAAAAGCUUUUGGGUAAAAUAAACCAAGCAGUGAGUGGACGUGGGCGGGGCUUUGUUUUUGUGAUGUCACAUUAACAGCAAAAUUAAAACAAUAUGUGUAAUGAGACUGCUUUGGUUUAAUGUGGAUUAAAGAAGAAGGAGUGGUUAGUGUUGUUGUGUUCACACACUGCCAACACACAUUUAUGUCCAAAUCUUAUUAAAGUGGAUUUUACAUAAUUUAGUUUAAAUUACUAGGGCAAGACUCAAUAACCUUUCAUAAAUUGUGACCAUUCAUUGUUGCUUACAUGAAUAAAUAAAACACAUAAAUGAACAUGAAAUGACAGGAGAACAUAACAGCAAUUUCAGUAGAAGCAAGAACUUUAAUCACACCUUUAAAGUACAAGGGGUUGUUCUGAAACAAUUACUGUACAUUACAAAUAGAUUUUUUUUAUAUAAAAGUGGAAAGUUGCCCUUCAGCACUGAAUCAAGUAGCCUAUUUCGUACAGAAACACCCAUUUGAUUCCCAUUGAUUACUCUUACAGUGGAUUCCUGUCAUGUUAUCUGAACACCUCCAAGGUAACAAGAAAAAUACAGAACAAUGAACGUUUGUCACAGUUUAUGCAGAAUACGAUUGAACAGAAUUAAAUAUAACAGAAUAAAUACUUGUAAUAAAUUAAAUAUACGUAAUGGUGGCAUUUCAAGUCUUUAUCAAUCCAAUUUCAGAUACCUUUACAUUUGGCAUGCUGUCAACACAAUCCCUGGUAUUCAUAAUGAUCUAUACUUUACAAGCUACAGUUACUGCAUUUUAUGCAUUUAUUCCAGAUGUACAGAAGGAUACAGCUGUGCAGAAUUUGACUAAAGAAAAUCAUAGCUGACUAAAAAAACUAUAUAUACACACACACACACAGUAUAUGAAGGGUUUGGUUCCAAAACGCGAUAAACGGCAUUUAAAAAAAAAGAGUUACCGCCAAAAUCAGUAUUGUAUCAGGUCAGUAUUAAAAAGUAAAUUCUUAAAUUUACGGAAAAUGCGUAUUAUUCUGUAUUAUCUGUGUUAUUCCGUCAUCUUUUCUCCCUUUUUUCCCCAAAAUACCCUCCUUCUCUGCAGAAUGCAAUAAAUCCGCUCAAACAAAUCACAGGGCACCAUUCCAAGCAUUGUAAACAACAAUGGCGGUGUGUUGAAUACACACAGAAUCCUAGUUUUCCUCAUCUACUUUGUACUUUGACAAACAAACAAA